AUGAAGAAACCGAUAAGACAAAUCGCCCUCUGCAUUCUCCUCACGAUAUUAUCGUCGAGACAUCUCGCGUCGUGCACGAAAACUUUUUCCCAAGCCGAAUUUAACUCUGAGGAAAAUAAAAGAGAUUUAAGCGAUUUUUCGUUGAUGGACUUCGUGAAUUUGAAUAAAGUCAAUGACGAAGCUAAGGAGAGUCAGCAGGUAUCUAAAUUAUUGGCAAAUAAGUUGAAUAAUUAUGGUAAUGGAUUUAUAGAAAAGAGAAAUUUGAGGAAACGAAGUUACUUUAUGGAUGAUGAUACAACGAAGCAGCCAAUUGUUAUUAAUAAUAUACAGAUUAUUGUGAGUGAAAAUAGAACAAAAUCUGGUAUAGACACGUGUAAAAAUGGUAUUUGCAAUGUUUCUGUAUCAUCGAAACUAAAUGGAGAAGGUGAUAUUGUAACCGAUGUUCACUUUAAUGUAAUUACGAAAUUGGAGACUAAUUUUGAAACACAUGAUAUUCCCAUUGUAGAUGGAAUUCGUGGUGUCAAAAAUACAUAUGAUCAUUCACGUUCAUUGGCAUAUUUAUACGGUAUUCCACAGAUCCAGAGUCGAUACCAAGGUGGAGAACCUUGGUAUCAAGGUCAAAGGACUGUUCAAAGACCUCAAAUUAGAUUCACCGUCGACGACAAAAUUGAACCACCAUUUAGUAAAACUCAAUCGAAUAAGGAAUAAAGAUCAAGAAAUUAUUAGUAUCUGAUAAUCUUUAUGUAAAUUAUAUCAUUAUGUUUAAUAAAAUACAAAUUCUAUCAAUACAUAACGACCAAUAUUUUACUACCUUAUAAAAAGAUUUUAAACGGGGCAAGAAAUAUUCGCAGUUGCUUGUACACAUAUUUAAAUAUACACCGCAUUAAAUAAGUAAAUAGAAUAUUAAUAUUCUAGUCAUAGAAAAUAAAGAAUUCUUGAGAAAUGUGUUCCCUCUGAAAAUACUCCUCAUGAAAUGGCAUCUCUGAGCGUAACCUUCGAACUUAAACUUAACCACAGAUGUCGCUA